AUGUCGUUAGUCAAGACUUCCGACGCACACCAGCGCGGAACCGCACCCCUGCCCACCACGGGAUCUCUCUUUACUUCCUCAUUAGGCACGUCCUGCGCUUCGCUCUCCUUCGCACUCCCUACUUCCCUAGCCUUCUUCAAGCGCCUGACCUGGGAGCAGACUCCGUGGACAUCCCAGAAGAUCUCCCCCCAUAACGCUCACAUCAUCGCCUCGCACCUCACCUCCUUGAGUCCGCAUCCCAUCGCACCCGAAGCAAUCCAGCACGCGCUGUGCUUCGGCGUCUCCUACACCUCCACCUCCAACGGCUCCAAAGACUCCUACCCCCAGCUCUUCGUCGUCUUUCCGCACUUACGGCGCGAUAUCUCGCGCGACGAGAAGUUCCUGCGCGUCUGGCACGACGAGGUCGUCAAGCCCGCGUUUGACGAAGCAUGGAAGGAGAGUGGGUUGGUGAAAGUGCACGGCUCCGAGCGCGACGCUAUACGGCGACUCAAUGCGCGGCCGUCGGGUACGUGGACUGUGUGCGAUGCUGAGCCCGCGGAGAGCAUUCUUAGGCGUCUGCAGAAGGGCAACAAAGCCUCCAUUCACGUAUCUUGGCCUGAUUGGACUGGGUCGUCCGAUCCGACGGGCGGCGCGGGUGAGGAAGGAGAUCAGCGUGCGUAUAUCUUUGAUGAGGCGUGGAUUUCUAUGAAGGGGAUGGUGGAUGCGCAUCCGGAUCUGGCAGAGAUGCAGGAGCCGUUUUUGCUCGCGGUGCAUCGCGGGAACGUAGAUGUUGUUCAAGGCAUGGAUUUGGUGAAGGUGCACGAGCGCGUGGGUCAGUACUGGGAGCAGUUCGCGGACUCGCGGUUUAUGACGCCAGAGAGCUUCAGUGUGGACCUUUAUUGA